AUGUGUACUUUGCAGUUGCUGCUCUUUCUAGCCUCCAUCACCAUCCUCAGCAAUGCACGGCCGGGGCAGGGCUUAGAGAUUGAACAUCCGCACAGCUUCUCCACAUUCAAGCGUGGCGUAAUGCUGGGCGAUGUUUCGUACAGCUAUUCCUCCACCGACAUGGGUUCGCCGGAAAGUGGUCGCUACAAGACGGUAACGGUCAUAAAGAACAUUGCCAUACCCAAACCAACCAGCACGAUGUUCAGCGAUCGAUCGGAACACUUCUACGAUUCGGUGGAGAAAGGCUCGUCCGGCAGUGGUUCUUCGGCGCAUAAAAAGCGAACGCACGUGGAAUAUUGGCCCCCGAAGGAAGACAAUCAGGUCGCUCAUCGGCUUAAGCUGGAACCAAGCUUCCACAAGGCGAGCAGCAACACGCAACACCGGCCGAAGAGUGGCAGCAGUCACACCCAUCAGCGCCAUCACAGCCGGCAGGAGAAGGUGGCCACACCGAAGCCAACGUACAAACCGGCCGAAAUCAAGGAACAGUCGGAAGAGGAUCCCAAGCACCCGAUCGAUCUACUGGAGCUAGCCAAAUCGGCUGUCAAAACGCUCACCCAAAAGGCCAAGACUGGUGGACCGGGAGAAAAUACGGGCCCGGUAACGUUUCCCUCCGACGGGAUGAUGAUGAAGAAAAAGCAGAACGGUGUCGUCAGCGUGGCCCAAGAGUACACCAGCAUCGUGACGGAAGAUCCAACAGAACGGCAGCCGAUCGUGAGCAAGCUGCGCACCAAGGUAGAUCUUCCGACGAAGGCUCCAUCCCAAUCGCCUUACUACUCCUCCUCGUCGCCCACCAGCACCACCACCGCCUCCAGCAGUGAGGAGGAGCAGGAGAUCCCGUUGAAAGAUUUUGAACAGUCCGAGUACGUGUUCAACCACAAGACGGGAACCUUCGAGUUCCGCAAAGCGUCCAAAGCGCCCAAAGCCGUCCAGGAAUAUCUCCGUGCCAGUCCGUACGGACAGAAGGGAGAUCAGGGGAUGGGAGAUGGCGGUGCCAGCACGUACAGCAGCCCGUCGGAGCUGCUGUUUGCCGAGCUUCACAACGCUGUGUCGACUCGCAAUGUCACUAUGAUCAAGGCGCUUGCCAGCCAGCUGGAGGAAACGUUCAACAUAGGCCAGCUAGACUUUGAGUCGCUUAAAACCGAGGCCGAGAUGGAGCAGCACCGUACGACCGAAGACUCGAUGAUGAUGAUGAUGAUGAUGGCCGGUGAAACGACGACCGCCAAGGCACCGUUUGACUUUGGGUACGGCAACUAUGGCGAAACGACCACCAUGGAGUAUCAGGACCCGACCACCGAGGCGAUCAUGCCAAGCACCACUGUCAAGGCGCCGAUCAUGAUGAUGAUUCCAACGACCACCACCAAAAAGCCGCUUCGAUACAUUGCGCCCAAGCUGCGCGGAUUCAAGCGGUUCUCGUCCAAGCGACAGAACAAUUAGUGUAAAUGGUUCUUUGGUGAGGAAAAACCACACCCCAAAAAAAUGUUUGCGGAACACGAUCGUUCCAAAAGCAAAAGUAUUUAUUUUCUACAGUGUUGCUGCGCUAAUGCUCCAGAAAUCGAACAACGAUCUAAUACGUAAGCUCAAUUGACCUAAAAUUGCAAUUAAUUGGAGUAAAAUCGUGAUAUAAAAACAGUGGGCACUACUACUACUACUAUCUCCAAGUAUGGAGCAAAACGGAAGGCAUUCCCAUCCCUAUCUAUAUAUCAAUAAAUCUAUCCUCAUUUUAACA